AUGGGACAAUCUCUGUCUACUCCCCUCUCACUCACCCUCUUCCACUGGUCAGAGGUCCACUCUCGUGCUCGGAAUCUUUCUCUGAUUAUUAAAAAGGCCAAAUGGCAGACCUUUUGUUCCGCAGAGUGGCCAACAUUCCAGGUUGGCUGGCCCUCUGAGGGAUCCUUUCACCUACCAACAGUUCUCCAGGUCAAGGGAGCCAUCUACCGGCCAGCCCCUCGAGGACACCCGGACCAGGAGCCUUACAUUUUGGUCUGGCAAGAUCUAUGCGAACAUCCCCCUCCCUGGGUCAAGUCCUUUCAGGUUCCUCUGGCGGCACUGACCCCUCUCCCUACCACUCCACCCCCAGCUCUCACCCUUCCGGCCCAUGUUGACAACUCUAAACCUCUCCUCCCAGAGUCCCAGGACCUCCUUCUUUUUGAUGAACCGCUGCCCUACCUGCAAUUGCCAGCACCUGCUACUCAGUCUUCUCUUCCCCCUAUACCUCUGCCUCCCACUCUAAGUUCCCCUGACACCUCUGCUCCGCCCCUGAACCCUGAGUUCUCUAAUGCCUCCCCCGGGCCAGCAUUCAGAACCAGAAGGCGGGAGGCCCGGGCGGGAGAAGGGCCCCCCACUGAGGCCGAGGCAGUUAUCCUCCCCUUACGAGCCUACGGCACAGAAAUCCCCGAUGGGCAGGGAGGUCGGAUGCCUUACCUUCAGUAUUGGCCUUUCUCCACUUCCGAUCUCUUUAAUUGGAAGAACUUUAACCCUCCUUUUUCGGAAGACCCCACCCGAUUGACUGACCUCAUCAUCUCUGUCAUGAAUUCACAUAGCCCCACUUGGGACGAUUGUCAGCAGCUCCUCACUGCUCUGCUAACUACAGCAGAGAAGGAAGCCGUCCUUACCAACGCUCGCAAACAUGUGCCGGGACCCGACGGGCAACCCACCAUACUGCAGAACCUCAUUGACGAAUACUCCCCCUUGAAACGACCUGAGUGGAACCCUAAUUCACCGGAAGGUAGGAGACAUCUCCAAAUUUAUCGCCAGACUCUAGCUGCGGGUCUCCGGGAAGCAGGGCGAAAGCCUACCAAUUUGGCCAAGGUAAGAGGAGUGAUACAGGGACCAGACGAGAGCCCCUCCUUAUUUCUAGAAAGGCUGUUUGAAGCUUACCGACAGUAUAAUCCCUUUGACCCUACGUCAGAGGAGCAUCAGGCCUCAGUAGCCAUGGCCUUUAUAGGUCAGUCUGCUACUGAUAUCAGAAGAAAGUUGCAAAGAAUGGAGGGAUUACAGGAUAUGUCUCUUCGGGACUUAGUGACAGAGGCUAACAAGAUAGACACUGGCGCGGUCCAUUCUGUUCUCCAACAACCACUGGGACCUCUUUCACACAAGCGCGCCCUAGUGAGGGGAGCAAACGGGAGCCGAUUCCGACCAUGGACUACUCAGAGAACAGUGGACUUGGGAAAUGGAAGGGUCCACCAUUCAUUCUUGGUCUUACCCGACUGUCCUGCCCCACUAUUGGGACGGGACCUGUUAACUAAAUUACGGGCAAGAAUUACCUUUACUGAAUCAGGCCCUCUGGUCGAGUUCCUCAAUCCAAUUGUGAGGGCUGCAGAAGGAACCACCCCACCGGUACUAAAGACCCUGACUCUAAGCUUAGAUGAUGAAUAUAAACUUUUUGAGGAACCUUUAGAAAAGACCCAAGGUGUCGAGGACUGGAUACAAGAGUUUCCGGAGGCCUGGGCAGAAACAGCGGGGUUAGGGCUGGCCACAGCCCAACCACCCAUAGUAGUCUCAUUAAAAACUUCGGCCACACCUGUUCAGGUUAAACAGUAUCCUAUGAGCUUAGAAGCCAAGGAAGGCAUAAAGCCCCACAUAAUCAAAUUACUGCAACUAGGGGUGUUGAAGCCUUGUAGGUCCCCAUGGAACACGCCACUGCUUCCUGUUCGGAAACCUGGCACCAAUGACUAUCGCCCAGUCCAAGACCUGCGGGAAGUAAAUGCCCGAGUAGAGAUUGUUCAUCCCACGGUGCCCAACCCCUAUAAUUUACUAAGCACCCUCAGCCCCACCAGGACUUGGUAUUCUGUAUUGGACCUUAAGGAUGCCUUCUUUUGUCUACGACUACACCCAGAUAGCCAGCCCCUGUUUGCCUUUGAAUGGAGCGACCCUGAUAUGGGAAUCUCGGGGCAGCUGACUUGGACCAGGCUUCCACAGGGCUUCCGGAACUCCCCUACACUGUUUGAUGAGGCCCUGCACAAGGACCUACAGUCUUUCCGUGCCACUCAUAAGACUUUAACAUUGCUCCAGUAUGUGGAUGAUCUUUUACUAGCAGCUGAAACCCAAGGCGAGUGCGAAAAAGGAACCAAGGCCCUCCUGAAGACCCUUGCCUCCCUGGGAUACUGAGCCUCAGCAAAGAAAGCGCAGCUCUGCAGGAAUGAGGUAAUAUUCCUGGGCUACAAGAUUAAGGGCGGGAAGCGUUGGCUCACGGAGGCCCGGAAAAGGACUGUGACCCAGAUACCCCCGCCACAAACACGGAAGGAAUUGAGGGAGUUCCUGGGAACGGCCGGGUUCUGUCGUCUCUGGAUCCCCGGCUUUGCCAACUUGGCAGCUCCCCUAUAUCCCCUGACUAAAAAAGACACUCCUUAUGAGUGGGGGAGAGAACAACAAGAGGCCUUUGAUAAACUCAAGCAGGCCCUUCUCAGUGCUCCGGCGCUCGCCUUACCUGAUGUUAGCAAGCCCUUUACUCUGUAUAUAGAAGAGAAAGGCGGAGUGGCAAGAGGAGUGCUGACCCAAACCUUGGGACCAUGGAAACGCCCUGUUGCCUAUCUAUCUAAGAGACUAGAUGCGGUAGCCGCGGGAUGGCCACGAUGCCUCAAGGUUAUUGCCGCGGCGGCUCUCCUGCUCAAAGAUGCUGACAAGCUCACGCUAGGGCAAAAAGUGACUCUGGUUGCUCCACACACCCUCGAGAGUGUGAUUAGGCAGCCCCCUGACCGAUGGCUCUCUAAUGCUCGCAUCACUCACUAUCAAAGCCUCCUGCUAGAUAAGGAACGGGUCUUCUUCGGCAAUCCGGCUACUCUUAACCCUGCCACUCUACUCCCCGUGGAGGAUGGGCAAGAUGUUCUUCACUCAUGCCAAGAAAUCUUGGCUGAGGAGACUGGGGUCCGGUCUGACCUAAAAGACUCGCCCCUGCCGCAGGCAGAUUACACUUUCUUUACCGAUGGCAGCAGUUUUCUCCAGCAAGGGGAGAGGAGAGCCGGGGCAGCCGUGGUGGGAACCACAGGGAAGAUCUGGACAGCACCUCUGCCACCAGGAACAUCAGCGCAAAAAGCAGAACUCAUAGCCCUGACCAAGGCACUGGAGCUCGCGAAAGGUAAAAGGGUGAACAUUUACACGGACAGUCGCUAUGCUUUUGCUACGGCCCAUGUGCAUGGCGCCAUCUGCCGGCAGCGAGGCCUUCUGACCUCCGCCGGCAAGGACAUCAAGAACAAAGCCGAGAUCCUUAAUCUCCUUGAAGCUGUCCAUUUACCGCGGGCCCUGGCUAUCAUACACUGUCCUGGACACCAGAAGGGGGACGAUCCCAUAGCGGUCGGGAACCGGCUGGCAGAUGAAGAAGCGCGGGCGGCCGCUCUCCAGGAGAUCCCAGCAGCAGAUAUCCUGACAACUACCCUGCCGCAAGCUGGAGAACAUGAUGAGGCCGAAAGUAAGGUAACUGAGUUCCUUCUAUUCACCCAUCGCCUGACCCACUUAGGAACCAGAGUGCUACUGGAACUAUUAAAGGAUCAAGAGCUACCCACCCUUGCCCCAGGGCGGGCAAAAGAACUAGCUCGAGACAUUGUCGCUUCCUGUGAAGCCUGUGCGUUGGUGAAUGCCCGAAGGACUGAGGGAACGCAGGGCGAACGUCUGCGAGGAGACCGCCCUGGCACAUACUGGGAAGUGGACUUUACUGAAGUAUCUCCUGCCAGGUAUGGAAAUAAGUAUCUGCUAGUUUUCAUAGAUACCUUUUCAGGGUGGCCUGAAGCCUUCCCCACGAAGAAGGAAACCGCCCUGGUGGUGGCCCAAAAGCUCCUCGAAGAAAUCUUUCCCCGCUUCGGACUUCCUAAGGUAAUAGGUUCCGACAACGGUCCCGCUUUCGUGGCCCAGGUAAGUCAGGGACUGGCCAGGACUUUGGGGUUUGAUUGGAAAUUACAUUGUGCCUAUAGGCCCCAGAGCUCAGGACAGGUAGAGAGAAUGAAUAGAACAAUUAAGGAGACCUUAACAAAAUUAGCAUUAGAGACUGGCGUUAAAGAUUGGACGAUGCUCUUACCCUACGCUCUCUUCCGCGCUCGAAAUACACCUUCCCUUUCUCGUAACAAUCUCACCCCUUAUGAGAUACUCUACGGGGGGCCACCUCUUAAAACCAUGACUGAGCACGGACUGGGAGUGUUACCUGAAACCUCGGCUCAGCUAAUGCCCAGGCUUAAAGCGUUAGAGGCUAUUCAGCGCCACAUAUGGAAGGGACUUUCUGAUCAGUAUCGCCCAGGCUCUGUCUCCCCCCACCCCUAUUCUGUAGGCGAUUGGGUGUACGUGAGAAGGCAUCAAGCCCGGAAUCUUGAACCCAGGUGGAAAGGACCCUAUCUUGUCCUCCUCACCACCCCUACCGCAGUCAAGGUUGACGGGAUUUCUACGUGGAUCCACAGCAGCCAUCUCAAGCCUGCCCCUGCCCUUGAUGCCAGAUCUUCAGCCCAUCCAAGUCCCGCUGACCAAUGGAUCGUGCGGCGUCACCCUUCGGAUCCCCUCAAGCUCUGGUUGGCGCGAGGUGCUUCUGGACACGGGAGCGGCGCACUCAAUCAUUCCUCCAGUUCCUGA